AUGGAUGCGGUGAACAACAUUCGUAACUGGCUGAAUCAACUGGCAAAAACAAGCGAUGAAUUAGUAUCUCACGUCAGCGCACUGAGCGAGGAGUUGGAGCAGAUGCAUACAUUUCUCAAACAUACGAAAGCAACUGAAGAUUAUGCUAUUAAUUUAAGAAAUGCUUGCUUGGAGCAAUUGAAGAAACUGGUUCCUGAAGCAGAUCAGCAGUCCUCAAACGUCCCCAAUAAUGAAGGUUCAGGGUCCAAGCUUCUCUCAAAAAUUACCCGGAUCAAUUACACUGUGAAUGUUCUUCAAAGAUGCGUACAAGCGUAUUCCAUUGAGGCAAGACAGGAGCUAUGCUCAGUUGUUGGUUUGGAGGAAGACAUACAUGAACUGGUCAAGAGACUGGCUGAUAAUGGUGAACAGUGUCGUCCUAUCAUUUCCAUUGUGGGGAUGAAGGGUGUUGGUAAGACCACUCUGGCGAAGAAAGUUUAUUACCAUAGUACUAUGGCAAACCAUUUUGAAAUCCGUCGUUGGGUGACCCUGCCUGAUGCUGAUCAAGAUUCUGAUGUAAAUGCACUUUUGGCAAGUGUUGGAAGCCAGGUCUUGGAGAACCAAGAGAAAGGGGAUGGAAAAGAACACUGGAUCAAUAAAUUGCAUGGUUUCUUGGAGCCAAAGAGAUACCUUGUAAUUCUGGAUGGAGUCUUGUCAAUCCAAGCCAUGCAUGCUCUCAAAGCAGCAUUCCCAAAAGUGGCAAACGGGAGCAGAAUUUUGCUCACCACGCGGAAAAAGGCCAUUGCUUCAGCUGCUGACCAAAAUAGCAUUCCCCACCAGCUUCGUCUGAGAACCAAAGAAGAGAGCUGGGAGCUCUUCACCCAGAUGGUGCAUUGUCCUCCGGAACUUGAAGCUCUCGGCAAGAAAGUUGUAGGAAGAGGUGGAGGCUUACCACUUGUCAUCUUACGCAUUGGGUAUCCACUGUCCGGGAAAAAAGUGACAUCUGAGGAAUUAGAGGUGCUAGAGGGCAUCACUCAGCAGGAACAGAACCAGAAACCAUGGUUAGAGAACCUGGAAGUGAAUAAAGAGGAUUUGCAAUCACACCAAAUUCUUGGUAAAUGUUUUUCUUACUUCCAACUCUUUUCUGGGAAUUUUGAAAUCCCUGCGAGGAGAAUAGUCACUUCAUGGGUUGCACAAGGACUGGCACAAGUAAGCGGAGGUGGGAAAACAUUAAAUACUCUUGAAAAUGUUGUAUAUGAGUAUCUAUUGGAGUUGAUUGGUCGUAAUGUGAUUCAAGUAGUUCAAAAAAAUCUUGAUGGGAAGGUGAAGACAUGUUGCUUGCCUACUGCUCUGCGAGAUCUCAUGUUGCAAGGGGAAGGCAAUAGCAGCAAAGCUACCAGUUUAAGCGGCCAACUUGCCUUUCAUUUCAAUGAUAAGGAUGCCCGUUUCCAUAGUGGUGUCAACGCAAAUUCCCCAAUGGUUAUGCAAAAUGAAAGCCAACAACAUUCCAUUCUCCUCUUUGAUAGUCAAGAAGGAAAUAAGCCCCGAGAGGAAAUAGGCGAGUUUCUUCACAGUGGCAUUACUGGUGGUUUCUUUGGACAGCUACAGGUUCUUGACCUUGAACGUGUAUGCAUGCCUGAAAUUCCUAAGGCCAUUGGAAAAUUAAGGCAGUUAGCAUAUCUGGGGUUAAGGUGGACAUACCUAUCGGCGAUCCCAGAAUCGAUAGGCAAUUUGGUUAACCUCCUAACACUAGAUUUGAAGCAUACUUAUGUUCGAAUUCUCCCUAGUUCAGUUCGGAAAUUGAAGAAACUUCGGCAUCUCUACUUGAAUCAGAAUAUUCAAAUGUCUGCACCAACUUCCCUUCCCUUGAGCAAUUUGCAGACAUUAUCAGGUGUAUUUGUAGGUAUGGACAAGCUUGUGAAAGACCGGCGGGACAAGUUGAUCAACCUUCGAAAACUGGGGUUGACAAUCCAGUUAGCACAACCAGAGCAAAAGGUAUUGGCAAAAUGGAUUAUGCAGCUGACCAAAUUGCAGUCUUUGAAGUUGGCAUCGCUUAAUGAGAAGAGUGCACCUCAGCUUCUGAAAUUAAAACCUCUGUCAAAACUUGAGAAACUCUCCAGCCUAUAUUUGUUGGGAAGGCUUGAAAACCCUGCAUCCAUCAUAGGUCAACUCCCAGCAAGUCUCACUCAUCUUACCUUAUCGGCCUCUGGGAUCCAAGAAGACCCGAUGCCAAUGUUAGGGAAGCUUCCAAACCUUAAAUCGCUGAAUUUGUACUCUGGUUCGUAUGAAGGACCAAACAUGGUUUGCUCCAUGGAUGCCUUUCCCCUGCUUUUGGUUCUGAAGCUUCGGAAUCUAGAUACUGUGAAAAAAUUGGAUGUGCAAGAAGGAGCAAUGCGAAACCUUAGGGAGUUAGAGAUUAAAUCCUGCAGGAACUUGACAAUCACUACUGGAUUGACACACUUAAAGAUCCUCCAGACAUAUGAAGUUAACUGA